AUGGCUGGCGCACCUCAGAAACCGCUGGCCCAUGCUGACUAUACCGUCGCGUGCAUCUGCCCCAUGGGAGUAGAGCUGGCUCCGGUUGAAGGCAUGCUCGACGAAAUCCACGACCCUCUUCCCACCAAUCGCGAUCAAAAUGCGUACACGCUGGGAAAGAUUGGCGGGCACAACGUGGUGGUGGCGGUCUUGCCCGAGAUCGGAAACCGCGCGGCGGCCACGGUAGCGACGCAGUUGCUUAAUGACUUUCCUGCGAUACGAUUUGGUCUGUUGGUGGGCAUUGGUGGAGGAGUACCUGGAGACGAGGGUGAAGAUGACGUACGGCUUGGCGACGUGGUGGUGAGCCAGCCGACAGCCACCUUUGGGGGGGUGGUGCAGUACGAUCUAGGGAAGAUACUCGCUGAUGGGAGUUUUGAGAGGACCGGACAGCUGAACAAGCCGCCAUCGGUGCUGGGUGCUAAUGUGCGGAAGCUACAGGCCCAGCAUUUGCGAGUUGGAAGUCAGAUAUUGAGGUAUCUGUCGGAGAUGAUCCAAAGGUACCCGAGGAUGCAGAGUCAAUACUCUUUUCCGGCUACCGACCUCGAUCAGCUGUUUCUUGCAUCCUACGCGCAUCGACCUGGUGUGACCUGUGUCAAGUGCGAUCGACAACAAACGGUAUCUCGCCUCGCUCGAUCAGAUAGUGAACCGCGAGUACAUUACGGUACGAUCGGGUCAGCAAACCUUGUCGUUAAGGAUCCAGUAGUGCGAGAUGAGCUAAAGAGAGAUAUGAAAAUCUUGUGCGUAGAGAUGGAAGCGGCCGGGCUGAUGGACGACUUUCCGUGUCUCGUUAUCCGAGGCAUUUGUGACUACGCCGAUUCACAUAAGAACAAGAGGUGGCAGCCAUACGCGGCGGCGGUGGCAUCGGCAUACAUGAAGGAGCUGUUGAUGGCCAUUCCUGCUCCUCAAGUGGCGCAGACACGAAAUGCUGUCGAAAGUACAGCGUCACCAUUUCAGUUAGGUCUACAUCUUGGCGAAGCCCCUAUAAUCGAUCCGAACCUCUUUGUUGGGCGCCUUUCCGAGUUGGAGAAGAUGGACGAGAUUCUCCAAGACGCUCGAUCUCAAGAACAAGGUCGGUUGAUCCUGGGUGGUAUGGGCGGCAUCGGCAAGACGCAGCUGGCCAUUGCCUAUGCCCGGCUCCGCCGCGGCUCGUACGAAUCAAUCUUCUGGUUGAAUGCCGCAUCAGAAGCCGCUCUCAAAAGGAGUAUGCGGUCGAUGGCAGAACGGGUCUUAGAGGUGGCGGAAUAUGAGAAACUCGAAGAUGAGCAGACCAUCCUCCGUGUUCGCCGAUGGUUAUCGGAGACGAUCAAUACCCGAUGGCUGUUGAUCUUCGACAAUUAUGAUGACCCAGAUCUUUUUGAUAUCAGAAAAUACUAUCCCUACGCUGCUCACGGGUCAAUCAUCACCACGACACGUCUACCAGAUCAGAUCAGCGGAAAGCGGGUUCAUGUUCGACCCCUCGAGCAUAUCAGUGAAAGCUUGCAGGUUUUGGAGACGAGAUCUGAGCGACCAAAUGUCAAAGACAGUGUUCCUGCCCGUCGUCUUGCCGAGAGACUUGAGGGUCUUCCAUUGGCUUUAGCCACUGCAGGAGCAUAUCUCCAGAAAAGCACCCUGAGCUUUGAGCAAUAUCUUCAAGAGUACGAGAAGCGAUGGAACCUGAGUCCGCGGAGGCCACUACAGCUUCAGGAGUAUCGAAAUCGCACGCUGUACACGACUUGGGAUCUGUCAUAUAUCUGUUUGAAGAAUGAUGAUCCUAAUGCGGCAAAGCUGCUAAGGCUGCUGGCUUACUUCGAUCACCAGAACCUUUGGUAUGAGCUGUUCCAAGCUGGACUUAACAAUAGUCUGCCGAGUUGGCUUCUGGAUAUAACUAGCAAUCUGAUUGACUUUGAGGAAAUUAUGAGAGUACUGGUGGAGUACUGCUUUGUGGAGACUCAAUGGACAACCAAGUCGUACAGCAUGCACGCCUGUGUGCACGACUGGACAUUAGCAAGUCUGAACAAGAUGGUUGACUCUGAGAGCUACUGGUAUGCAUUUGACUGUGUUGCGCAUUCAAUCGAUGGGGAGUGGGAACUCCUCGGACACCUCCGGCACGCUCGGCUGGCUGCUCAUGCAGCGAGGCUAGGACACGAUCACUUUGUACAAGCUGGUCUACUUGAUAUCAUUGCAGACGGCCGAGCUGAGAAAGUUGAGGAUAUUGCACAACUGCUCCAGAAGCAAUUUCGGCUCGAGGCGGCAGCAGUAAUGCAUCAGCGAGCACUAGCAGGGUAUGAGAAAGCACUUGGACCCGAUCACACCUCGACUCUCGACACAGUCAAUAAUCUCGGCAUUCUGUAUCGUGAUCAAGGCAAGCUGGACGAGGCGGAGGAGAUGUACAUGCGAGCACUAGCAGGGAAGGAGAAAGCACUUGGACCCAAUCACACCUCGACUCUUGGCACGGUCCACAAUCUCGGCCUUCUGUAUCGUAAUCAAGGCAAGCUGGACGAGGUGGAAGAGAUGUACAUGCGAGCACUAGCAGGGAAGGAGAAAGCACUUGGACCCAAUCACACCUCGACUCUUGGCACGGUCCACAAUCUCGGCCUUCUGUAUCGUAAUCAAGGCAAGCUGGACGAGGUGGAAGAGAUGUACAUGCGAGCACUAGCAGGGAAGGAGAAAGCACUUGGACCCAAUCACACCUCGACUCUUGACACGGUCCACAAUCUCGGCCUUCUGUAUAAUAAUCAAGGCAAGCUGGAUGAGGCAGAGGAGAUGUACAUGCGAGCACUGGCAGGGAAGGAGAAAGCACUUGGACCCAACCACACCUCGACUCUUGGCACGGUCAACAAUCUCGGCCUUCUGUAUCGUAAUCAAGGCAAGCUGGACGAGGCGGAAGAGAUGUACAUGCGAGCACUGGCAGGGAAGGAGAAAGCACUUGGACCCAACCACAUCUCGACUCUCAACACGGUCAACAAUCUCGGCCUUCUGUAUUAUGAUCAAGGCAAGCUGGACGAGGCGGAAGAGAUGUACAUGCGAGCACUAGCAGGGAAGGAGAAAGCACUUGGACCCAAUCACACCUCGACUCUUGGCACGGUCCACAAUCUCGGCCUUCUGUAUCGUAAUCAAGGCAAGCUGGACGAGGUGGAAGAGAUGUACAUGCGAGCACUAGCAGGGAAGGAGAAAGCACUUGGACCCAAUCACACCUCGACUCUUGACACGGUCCAUAAUCUCGGCCUUCUGUAUAAUGAUCAAGGCAAGCUGGACGAGGCAGAGAAGAUACCCAAUCACACCUCGACUCUUGGCACGGUCCACAAUCUCGGCCUUCUGUAUCGUAAUCAAGGCAAGCUGGACGAGGCGGAGGAGAUGUACAUGCGAGCACUGGCAGGGAAGGAGAAAGCACUUGGACCUGAUCACACCUCGACUCUUGACACGGUCCACAAUCUCGGCCUUCUGUAUAAUAAUCAAGGCAAGCUGGAUGAGGCAGAGGAGAUGUACAUGCGAGCACUGGCAGGGAAGGAGAAAGCACUUGGACCUGAUCACACCUCGACUCUUGACACGGUCCAUAAUCUCGGCCUUCUGUAUAAUGAUCAAGGCAAGCUGGACGAGGCAGAGAAGAUGUUUGAGCUAGCUAAAAAAAGCUAA